GUUAUUUUGGUUUGUUUUCUUUCCCUGCGGAGGAGAAGAGAGCACCGGUUUGUCUUUUGGCACCUGCUGCCUGUGAAGCUGCUUCGCCGUUCCGGGUUCGAGACGGUUGCGCCCCGUCUAAAGGUUCGUUCCUCCGCCGCCUUCUGUAAAUUUUCGCUCCCGAAGAAAUCAUACUUUAGCCGAUGAUCCGACGGCCUCGUCGGGAACCUCCUGUUGUGUUGAAUUUCGGAGUGGAUCUUCUCCUUUCCGGUCCGUUUUAUCCAUUUACUGCUUGGUGGAUGUGGGUUUUCGAGAUUCGGUUUUGGCAAUGUGGGGGGAAGGAGAUGGAAUCGAUGGAGGCUCGAAUUCGUUUAGGUUUCGUGCUGCUUGGGAUUAUUGGGUCGGUUCUGUUGCUGUCAAAUAUGAGCUUCACGGGUCCGUCGAUGGCUUCUGGUGGGAAGACUGCUAGAAGAGCAUUCGAUUUUGGGAAGACAUAUGUGGUUAGGCCCAAGGGCAAACAUCAAGCGACUGUGGUUUGGCUGCAUGGACUUGGUGAUAAUGGCUCAAGUUGGUCCCAGCUCUUGGAAGCCCUCCCUCUUCCAAAUAUUAAAUGGAUAUGUCCAACCGCUCCAACUCGACCUGUAACUCUGUUUGGUGGUUUCCCAUCUACAGCAUGGUUUGAUGUUGAGGAACUUUCGGAGGAUGCUCCAGAUGACUUGGAGGGUCUGGAUGCUGCUGCAACACACGUUGCAAACUUAUUGUCAACAGAGCCUGCUGAUAUUAAAAUAGGCAUUGGAGGCUUCAGUAUGGGUUCAGCGACCGCUCUAUACUCUGGGACCUGCUUCUCGGUUGGGAAGUAUGCAAAUGGCAACCCGUUUACAGCUAAUUUGAGUGCUGUUGUUGGAUUAAGCGGCUGGCUUCCCUGUGCAAAGACAUUGGGUAAACAGCUCGAAGGAGCGGAUGGAGCAGCUGACCGUGCUGCAUCUCUCCCUACUUUGUUAUGUCAUGGAAAAGCUGAUGACGUGGUCUCACACAAAUACGGCGAGAAGUCCUCUCGUGUGUUGACCUCGCUUGGAUUCAAAGAUGUAACGUUCAAAUCAUAUAACAGCCUUGGACAUUACACAAUCCCUCAAGAGAUGGACGAGGUAUGCGCCUGGCUAUCUUCCAAAUUGGGGCUCGACACCAGCUCCUCAUCAAAGUAACAUGGGAAGUGGAAGUCUGGAAAGAGGGAUGUUAACAACUGAUGAAACAAACCAAUGGAGCCACAAGUGGUUCUAGAUAUGCAAGGCUAUCCGGUGGUGGUUCACAUUAUUAGUGUAUUAUGAGCAAUGAGAAACUUGGGUUACUUGCUACUCUUCUGAAUCAUGAGAUUGAAUGUAAUUUAGUAUUUACUCUUUGAUACAUAUAUUAUGUGGUAUUUUGACGACCAUAAUGUACAAUUGAAUCCAUUUGGUGUACUUUCUUUUGAUGCCUGGUGGAGUACAAUAGUGGAAUAUAUAUAAUACAACAUACACAAAUCAAAACGAUGAUACAUGAUCUAUCAAAAAAAGACCCAAUUUAAGGGUUAGAAUCCACAAAGCAAAGUACACAUCCAAUCCAAUCCAAUCCAAUCCAAUCCCACCCAUCAAUUGUAUUAGGUUGAACCCUUCUUUCUACAAGCAACACAAUUACACUGAUGAAAAUAACACCAUUCUGACUUCUCAAUCCAUUUCAAGAAGUCAUUUCCACUAACUAGAAAGGUGCCAGUACAGGGUAUGAAUACAAUUACAGACCAUUAACAGGUAACUAGUUUUUUCUGGAUUCUUUCCUUUCAACAGACCGAAACAGAAAGGUUGUGGGAGCAAUCUGUGGCACAAUCCAAAGUGGAGUGGAAGCCAUAUAUGACAAUCAAGAGGCAAACCUAACAAUGAUACAACAAAAAUCAGAAGACAAAGGGGAAAAAAUGCAAGCCAACAGCAAAAAGCACUAACCCAGGUGUUGUGACUUGUGAGGCUCUUCUUCCUUGCAUCCUCUACAGGAUUGCAUGGAAAAAAGCAAGCAAAUAGAGGAUCCUAUAUCCCUGUGUCCUACGUUUGGAAUCGUGUCUCGAAGAAUACUGCAGCAGUGGGUUUGGAAAGGGUAAAAAGAUGCUAUCUUCUUUCGUUUGUAUUCAACCCUCAAUGAGGCAGCUUUUCUUCUUCUGUUAGAGUUCUCUCUCUGACAAACAAUACUUCUGCAGCUCCAUUGCUUGGAGACAGAAGGUGCCUCUCUUGAUCAGUAUCAUCGAUUUCCAUUUGUUCACAGGGUGGGGUGCCAGUUGUCAGAGACUCGCUUCCAUCGUCUUCCAAUAAAUCGUGGUGCUCAGGUAGCUGUUUCACUGAAGUUACUUGAAGGCUUUCAGGAAGCAAACAACUGCAUAGGGAACCUAGGCGAGCGAGGCGAUUUACAAAGCCUGGGAUUCUCUUUCCUGUCAACCUGGAGCUUACAUCAUCUGUGAAAUGGUUGCAGUUCUUGGAGAUGAGGUGAUAAGUGUCUCCAUGAUACUCGGAAGCCAUACCCUCAAUGAAAGUCCUGAACUCUAUAGGCGGCAUCAUUAUAGUCCCCACUGGGAUGGAACAUCUGUAAAUGAAACCGGGGCAGUUUCUUGGCUCGACUUCGAAAACUCCACUAAUUGGGAAGUCAUGAGCUCCAAAUCCAUACUCCUUCCCAUGACCUUCAAUGCCAGAAUGGAAAAUCCCAAAACCGAACCAGUAGGUGUAAUCAUUGACAGGGGUGAGAUCGUAGACAUUCAACAUCACGAGGGUUUCGGCGCUAUCGUUCGAAUUCUCCUUCUCCGAGCCAGAGAUGGUUUCAGACCCCAUUUGAGCGCGCCCCCCAAUGACAAAAAGCUUCAAAAAUACGAAUUAUAGAGCCAGCGGGAGCAGCAAAAGUUUUUUGCUCCUCCCAAAAGAAAUCGGAAGCUGGCGGAGUGGGGAGGUCUGGUUUACUCCAUGGGAGCAAAGAGAGGAGGAAGAAGAAGGCGAGCGAGAGCGGGUGUUCAGAGAAAGAUCCACCGCCACCACCACCUCCGU